CAUUAAUCAUCCCCUGUUGUACCCAGCAUCAUUUGCUAACUCUGUACGAGUUCUGCUCGAACGAGGGGGGCGAGUGCACAUCAUACGUCCCAGCGUGUUCCAACUUCGGGAUCGAAAGGGAUCGACUAUACAAUCAUGACGGAUCGAAAGAUACGAAACGACCUACAAUAAUCAUGACAAGAUCGUUCCGGCGUUCUUGGAUCAAACCAUCAAUGUUCGAACGCUGUGUUCCCUACGGUACCCUUAUGCAAUGGACCCUCCAACGUUCCAACGUGCCAAUCGAGAAAGCGGUUUCAAUAAGCUCUAGUCGUUACCUCAUGCCCGGGUCUUUAUCGUCCAUUCCAGCUGAAGCGCGUAGUUUCGACAACCUACAUAUAAAAGGGCCGGAUGUCCUACACUCUCAAAAUCAACCCACCAGCCUGUCCUCGAAGGUUCUGGGACAUUCGCUUCGUGGAUAAUGGAACCAAUCAUCCUUAUCCUGGCUCUGGUGUGCUCGACUUUAGCUGUAAGAUAUGCAACCAGUCGUCGCGGCAAGGUUCCCCUUCCUCCUGGUCCUCCUCAACAGUGGUUUUUUGGGAACGUUAAACAAAUACCGCCCCGCCAACCUUGGUUUCAAUUCACCGCUUGGAAGCAAAGUUACGGCGACAUCGUUCAUCUUAAACUUAUCAGCAAGCACACCAUAAUACUAAACAGCAAAAAAACCGUGGUAGAUCUCUUGGAAGGCCGAUCGAAUAUUUAUUCCAAUAGGUCCAAAUCGAUGUUGCUGGACGAACUGGCAGAUUUCACCGAGGACGUUUUCAGAACUCGAGUCGAUGAUCCACAUUUCAAAACCCACCGGCGAAUGAUGCAUAGCGGCCUUGGACCUCGUGCGGUUCGCGAAUACCAACCUUUACAAGUUCAAGAGACAGAUACCAUGCUGAGGCAACUUGCGAAGACGCCCGAUAAAUUCAUCGCCCACAUAAGGAGGAAUGCCGGCGCACUUAUAAUGAAAGUAGCUUACGGCUAUACAGUCUCGAACGAAGAGGACUACUAUCUAAAACUUGUGCAAAGGCACUUUGAGAUCAUAGAGGAAACGAUGGCUUUGCCAUAUAUGGUGGAAUUCUUCCCAAUCCUACAAUACUUCCCUAACUGGUUUCCAAUGACUGGUUUUAGGAAGGCUGUCAAAAUCAUCAACGAUAACAAGAUUGAUGACAUUCCUUUCAACUGGGCAAAAGAACAAGUAAAAUCGGGAAACUACCUGGAUUCUUUCUUCGCUCGAUUCUUUGUCAAGGAAGACGGCGCUGGCGCUAGUCUGUCUGCGGGCGAAGAAAAGACGCUGAUGCGAGUUUGCGCUGCCCUUUAUAUUGGCGGCGCAGAUACUACUGUUGCAGCUUUGACCUCGUUCUUUUACCUCAUGGAAACUCAUCCUGGGAUUCAAAAACGAGCACAAGCAGAAGUUGAUGCAGCCACUGGCGGCGACCGUCUACCUCGGCCAGACGAUGAGGACAAAAUACCGUACCUGGCUGCAAUCAUCAAAGAAAUACUGCGUUGGUCGCCUGUAGCCCCCCUCGGUUUGUUCCAUACUGUUAACCGAGAUGAUCUCUACGAGGGCUAUUUGAUCCCCGAAGGGAGUCGAGUUAUAGCUAAUAUCUGGGCGUUAACGCAUGACCCCGACACCUAUCCACAUCCCGACGUCUUCGAUCCAGAACGUCAUCUCGGCGAUAACCCACAACAAAACCCAUUUGAUUUCGUGUUUGGAUUCGGUCGCCGUUCGUGUCCAGGAUCACAUUUGGCUGAGCGCUCGCUCUUCCAGAACAUUGCCAACAUCUUGGCAGUCUUCAACAUCGAAAAGAAGACUGAUUCUCAAGGGAAUCCAAUAGAACCCAAAGUUGAAUUCCAUGGCAGUAUCACUUCCCAUUUGAAGGAUUUCCCAGUCAAGCUGGUCGUUCGUUCACCACAUUUGCUUCCAGAGGCCUAAUUUAUCCCAUUUA